AUACACAUAGAUAGACGAGCCCGGAGCCUCAGAGACAACUACUUACUACCUAGCGCAGCGGCAGUUGAACCAUAGACUCCAAGUCCUCAGAUUGACCCGCGGACUGCCCGACCCAUCUCACCCCAUUAUGGAGCUGCCGGAGAUGGAAUCUAUGGCGUCGGCUAUCGGAGUCUCCGUUUCCGUUCUCCGCUUCUUGCUCUGCUUCAUCGCUACUAUACCGGUCAGCUUCUUCCAUCGCUUCGUCCCUGGCGGAGCCACCGCCCGCCAUUUGUACGCCGCCGCCACCGGGGCGAUUCUCUCGUACCUUUCCUUUGGGUUCUCAUCGAAUUUGCAUUUCCUGGUGCCGAUGCUUUUAGGUUACGCUUCCAUGUUGCUGUAUCGGAAGUACUGUGGGAUUAUUACUUUCUUUCUGGCGUUUGGAUACCUCAUUGGAUGCCAUGUAUACUACAUGAGUGGGGAUGCAUGGAAGGAAGGAGGAAUAGAUGCUACAGGAGCUCUGAUGGUGAUAACACUAAAAAUCAUAUCAUGUGCCAUUAAUUACAAUGAUGGAUUGUUAAAAGAGGAAGAUCUACGUGAGGCACAAAAGAAAAAUCGGUUGCUCAAGUUGCCAUCAAUACUUGAGUACUUUGGUUACUGUCUUUGUUGUGGAAGUCACUUUGCUGGUCCUGUGUAUGAAAUGAAAGAUUAUCUUGAAUGGACUGAGAGGAAAGGGAUCUGGCAACCUACAGAGAAGGGAUUGACCCCCUCUCCUUAUUGGGCAACUUUCAGGGCUCUUGUGCAAGCUGCUUUCUGCAUGGGCUUGUAUUUGUAUCUUGUACCACAUUUCCCACUUUCCCGAUUCACUGAACCAGUAUACCAAGAAUACGGGUUCUGGAAACGGUUAAGCUACCAGUACAUGUCAGGCUUCACUGCUCGUUGGAAGUAUUAUUUUAUUUGGUCCAUUUCAGAAGCUUCUAUUAUUAUUUCCGGCAUGGGAUUCAGUGGCUGGACAGAUUCUAAUCCACCCAAACCCCGAUGGGACCGUGCCAAAAAUGUUGAUAUACUAGGUCUGGAGUUGGCUAAGAGUGCUGUACAGAUACCACUUGUGUGGAAUAUUCAAGUCAGCACCUGGCUUAGACACUAUGUCUAUGAGAGGCUGAUUCAGAAAGGUAAGAAACCAGGCUUCUUCCAGUUGCUGGCUACUCAAACCGUGAGUGCAGUGUGGCAUGGAUUGUAUCCUGGGUACAUCAUAUUCUUUGUUCAGUCGGCUACAAUGAUUGCUGGUUCAAGAGUUCUUUACAGAUGGCAGCAGGCCAGCCAAACACCUCUGGUCAAGAAGCUCUUUGAUUUACUGAACUUUGCUUACACACUUCUGGUUCUCAACUACUCCUGCGUUGGAUUCAUGGUAUUAAGUCUGCAUGAAACAGUAACUGCAUACAGGAGCGUUUAUUACAUUGGAACCAUUGUUCCAAUAGUCUUAAUCCUGCUAGGCAAAGUCAUUAAGCCAGCAAGGCCAGCCAGAUCGAAAGCCCGGAAAGAUGAGUGACACAUGAGCUGCAUCUUGGUACUUUUUUCUUAAGAUCCUGGGAUUAGAUUAAUGAAAGAGUAGAAUUCUGAUUCCUCUGCAUCUUUAUAUUUAUUCACAGUUUGUAACAUUCAAUCUCAUAACAAAAUGUCGAGCCUCGAUUGGUUAUGACAACUUAAAUGAUGGUUUUUUAAGUAUAUUUUCAAACCAAGUUGUUCUGACUACGUAUUCAACUGGAUGGAAUUGAUGAUUUGGAGUUUAUUUGUGAAAA